AUGGCAAUGGCAUGGAGGCAACUAAUCACAAACACAAAAACGGCAGUUUCAGUCCCAACACAACGAGCAAUUUCUACACCUGGGUUCUCUAGAUUCUUCUCCAAAUCCUCCUCUCCUUACCUUGUGAAAGUUGGAAUUCCAGAGUUUCUAAAUGGCAUAGGGAAAGGAGUUGAAGCACAUGUGGCCAAGCUUGAAACUGAAAUUGGCGACUUUCACAAACUUCUUGUUACUCGGACUUUAAAGCUCAAGAAAAUAGGCAUCCCUUGUCAACAAAGGAAGCUUAUAUUGAAAUAUGCCCACAAGUAUAGGUUGGGACUGUGGAGGCCUAGAGCUGAACCAAUGAAAGCCAAAUAA